AUGGAUCCUGUUUCUGUGUCUCUGCUGGAAAUUCUGAACGAACUGGUGGAAGAAGAUGUGAAGAGGUUCAAAUGGCACCUGAACCAAGACCAGUUUGGUCCUGAGUUUCCUCCCAUCCCAAAAGGUCAGCUGGAGAAAGCAGACAGAUCAGACACUGUGGAUUACAUGGUGAAGAACUACAGGGAAUCUGGAGCUAUAGUCAACAUGAGAGCAAAACUGAGUUCCACAGCCACAGGAAGUGACAACAAAGUCCUUAAACUUGGAGAGUUGGCAUUCCGACAGCUGAAGAAAGGGCAUCUGAUCUUCUAUGAGGAAGACAUGAAGGAGUGUGGCAUUGAUGUGACCGAGCCAUCUGUGUACCCGGGACUUUAUGCCUGUGAUCUCACACUGGACCCAAACACAACACACAGAACCCUCUCUCUGUCUGAGGGGAACAGGAAGGUGACAAGAGGAGAGAUGCGAUCAUAUCCUGAUCACCCAGACAGAUUUGAGGACUGGUGGCAAGUGUUGUGUAGAGAGGGUCUGUCUGGACGCUGUUACUGGGAGGUGGAGUGGACUGGGAGAGGUGCUGAUAUAACAGUAGCAUAUAAAGGAAUCAACAGGAGAGGAGGGGGCCAUGACAGUCUGUUUGGAUACGACGACAAGUCCUGGAGUCUGUACUGCUCUGAGAACCAUUACACUGCCAGACAUGUUAAUAUGGGUAAUUCCGUAGCUGACCCCUCCCCCUCAUCCUGGUCCAAUAGGGUAGGAGUAUAUCUGGACUGGCCCGCCGGCACUCUGUCCUUCUACAGCGUCUCCUCUGACAAACUGACCCACUUACACACAUUCAACUCUGAAUUCACUAAGCCCCUUUACCCAGGGUUUAGGGUUGGUUGGCCAGGCUCCUCAGUGUCUCUGUGUCAGUUAAAAUAG